ACCUAGUAUUGUAGUACUACCUACUCAAUAGUCAAUACUAUAUUUCUAUAAUAUUUUUUUCCAAAAACUUUUUCUUUUUAAAUAAGGUGUUUUUGAAAAAUUAAAAAAAUGAAUGUUAUUCGAAGAUUUUAUAGUAGCAAAUCGGUGGAUACCCCCAGUGGUCAAUCUAGUGAAACUGGUGGUGUAUUACCUAUAGAUUUGGAAGGAAGACAUAGAUUUGUAAGACAACGACUUACUAACAUGACCGAUGAAGAAAGAGCUUUCCGUAGAAAAUUCUUACACGAUCAACACCUGUCUCCUGAUGAACCAGUUGUUGUCCCUGAAAUCUACUAUGAGUUGAACAAUCCAAUUAGACGUGCAUUCAGAGUCCCUAUGAAUAUAUUUCAAGAUAUAUUGACUCCAAGGAUUGGUGAAAGAGCUGCUUUCAAUGUUCGGUUUUUAACAAGCAAAUUAUUGAUGGGAAUCAGUAUUGUUUAUAUUGGAGCAUACUACGUUCUUUACAAUACAAAUAAUUGGGAGAGGAAGUCAGGAUGGAGAAUACAUGAGUCUCGUUCUCAAUGUGUACCAGGAGAUCCAGGUUUUCCAAAAGUUUCAGAUCGGACUCUACCCAAACAUUAUGCCGACAGAGGAUUCAGCAGUUCACCAAUAUAAUAAAACAAUAAAGUUGUUUUUAUUAUUUCGUUGCUUAUUAAUUAUAUAAAUGAGAUAUAAAUGUAGAAAAUAUAUAAAUAAAUAAUUUACAUGUA